AUGGGAUCAAGAAAAACAAAUGCAAGAGGAAGACAGUUACAAGAGGUAAUAAAUGAAGGUUAUUUUAACUGUAUUGAUGAUGUUAGUACCACAUAUGAAAAGAAUGAUUAUGAAAUAAAGAUCGACUGGAUAUUAGCCAGUCAACCUCUUCAUUCAUUAAUAUCAAACGUCGAAACCCACCCAACAAUCGGUACAUUAAGUGGUCACAAACCAUUAACCUUCGAUUUACCAAUUGGACCUGAACCCAAACCUGCAUCUCCAAGAUUAUCCCUUAACUUCAAAGCAGCAAAUUGGCCAAAAUUUAGAAAUACAUUAAAUGAACAACUAAUACUAUGGAACAAACAUCGUUAUAUAAAUUCAGAAUCAGAUAUAGAAGAAUAUACGUCGUUUAUUACCAACAGCAUUACUACAGCAACACAAGAAGCCAUACCAACAUCAAAAAAAUUGAACACAAACAUUAAACUAAGUGAAGCAACCAAACAUCUGAUCCAGCUCAAACAUAAAACUUAUCGUAAAUGGAAGAAGACUGGAGAAGAUAGUGAAAAACAGCAAUAUUAUAAGUGUAAGUUGUUACUGACAAAUUCACUUAGAAACGACAGAAAAAUCAACUUUAACAACCUUAUGUCGUCAUUAUGUCAGAAGAAAAUGUAUUCAGAUUCAGUAUGGCUUACGAUUCGCAAGUUUCACAACAAGCGAAUAAAACAAAGCCACAGUAACAACAUCAAAUAUAACAAUGUGACUGCAACAUCAGAUAAGGAAAAAGCCGAUCUAUUUGCUGGAUAUUUUCAAAAUGAAGUCUAUGUCAAAGCUCCUGACACAUUACCGUUUCAUCAGCAAGUGACAAGACAAACUUUUAACAUUAAAAACAGAUCUUCUAACACGAAACUAAACAAGUGGAAGAAGAUCACAAUAGAAGAAGUUAAAUAUAACAUCAAACAACUUCGAAACACCUCCAAUGGGCCUGACAACAUCCACAACAGAUGUCUGAAAAAUCACACACAAUCACUGAUUCAACAUCUGACUAAAUUAUUCAACUCCAUAUUAAAUAUGGGUUAUAUUCCAAGUGGAUGGAAAAAUGCAAAUAUUAUACUUUUAUUAAAGCCCAACAAAGAUAGACAACAUCCGUCAAGUUAUCGUCCGAUUAGUCUUCUUAGUUGCCUCGGCAAACUUCUGGAGAAAAUAAUCAAGCAACGACUGAUGGUUAUUCUGGACCGACGCAACAUCCUUCCAGAACAUCAAGCUGGCUUUCGACCACGGAAAAGCACUUUAAACAACAUCAUAAGGCUGACAAAGUAUGCACAAAAUCAGCUCCAUUCAACUGAUCAUAGUCGUCAUGCAGCAGUUAUAUUAUUUGAUAUUAAAGCUGCAUUUGACUCUGUCUGGCAUGAAGGACUAAUAUAUAAAUUAAAUGAACUACGUCUACCACAAUAUUUAACAAAUUAUCUGAUUUCGUUUCUUCAAAACAGAACUGCUGUUAUAGAAAUCGAAAAUAUAUUAUCCAGACCAUUCAACCUUAAUAGUGGUACUCCACAAGGAUCUCCGUUAUCACCAUUACUCUACAUUAUAUAUACGGCAGAUUCGAUGAAUGGAAUACCGGAACAUACAGAACAUGGUCUUUUUGCCGAUGACACCGCACUAUGGACAUCAUCCAACACAAUAACAAGCCUUAAUUCCCGCCUACAACAAUCCAUAGAUGCAUUCCAAAGUUGGUGCAAAUCGUGGAAACUAAAAUUACAACCAACAAAAACUGAACUCGUCCACUUCACUGUACAUCCAAGAAAACAAUAUAAAAAUCCAGUCGCAGUCAAAAUAGAUGAUAUAUCCAUCAAACCAUCCAACUCAACAAGAUAUUUAGGUGUUAUUAUUGACAAAACGUUGAAUUGGAGAAGUCAUAUCCAUCACAUUGAAUCGAAGAUUGCUGGUCGUAUUAGUCUGUUACGGUUUUUAAACAGAGCAGCUUACGAACCUAAUGACAAAAUUAUGUUAAACAUCUUCAAAUCAAUUGCAAGAUCGAUUAUCAUCUAUGGUUAUCCAAUAUUACUUACUGCCAAUGAUAAAAUAUGGGAAAGACUACAAAUAAUGCAAAACAAAGCCAUUCGUGCUGCAUUAGGAUUACCCAUAUAUACAUCCGUCGAAUAUAUCCAUCGAAUUACCAAUAUCCCCAAAAUUAAAGAAUAUGCCGUUACUCUCCUGCAACGUUAUAUUCAAACAGCAACAUCAAAUAACGACCAACUACUAACCAACAACCUGCAAGAUAUAUUCAACAAACUUCAAUAAGAAAUCACCUACCCAUGUUACAUAUUACAUAUAGCAUCGUCACUAUCGACCAUUGUUGAGUCGACCGAAUCCAUACAAAAAUUGUUAUAUCGGAAUCAUCGACUUUAACUUUGCAUCAUACAUAUGUAUAUAUACUAUUAUAACAACUUCCAUCGUAUAACCUCUUUUCACGAGACAUAAGACAUUCGUCAUGCGUCUCGGCGUUUCUCUCCAGCCUUUUGUAUACUUGUAUAUAUUGUUGCUUCUUUUUUGUUAACAUCUCAAUAAAAAGGCUUUGACUCCAAAAAAAAAAAAAAAAAAAAAAAAAAAAUUUCUUUUCUGCAUUUUCAUAUUAUAUAUGAAGUUAAGUAAAAUUUUUUUUAUUGAUGCAUUUUUCAUAAACGAAAUAUGUUUUUCUUUUUUAUUUUUCUUUUGACUUCAAUUUUAUUUAAAAAUUGAAUAUUUAGUUAUCUAUCGAAUUCUAUUUUAUGAAAAUGAUACGACAAUGUAUUUCUCUUCUCAUCAAAUAAAUAAAAUAACAUGGAAUUUGUUUUUUUUCGUGAAUAUAUUUUAACUUAUCACACAUUUAUUUUAUUUAUUUUUUUUUGCAAUAUUCAUUCAGAUCACUUUUGAAAUACUGAAUUUAUUGACUUGAUAUAAUUUAUCAUUAUUUUAUGUUUUUUUUUUUUGUUUAAUUUUUAUUUUAUGCUUGUUCUUAUUUAAAAUAGACAAUGAGCCAUAUGCACAAUUUGCUUGUUGGCCACUAUUUCAGCUAUAUCGUGGCCACCACAGAAUCAUUCAUUUCUUUUCCUCUUUUCGAUUGUUUAAACAAUCGAAAAGAGGAAAAGAAAUGAAUGAUUCUGUGGUGGCCACGAUAUAGGCUAUGUUCACACCAGAGUUUCCAAUGGAAAUCGAAAAUAAAAUGUACCGUACACGCUGUUUUCAAUAAGCAAAAUGUAUGUUUACACUUUGCUUUAAUCAGCAAAGUGUAUCAAAGUGUACGAAAGUCAAAUUUUCACAAUCUAAAAAAGAAAGAAUAAUGUUCGCUCUUUUCUUUAUUGAUAGAUAUGUAGGGGUUGACUCUAAAAUUUAGUUGCCUUUAAAAGGCAACUCGUUGACUCUAGAAUUUUAAAAUCAACUAGGAUGGAGCUACGUGACUCUAAAAUUUCAAAGUCAACUAGUCGACUUUAAAAUUGAAAAGACAACUAGUUCGAUUCUAUAGUUAACUUUAAAAUGUGCAGCAAUAAAUCUUUAUUUAUAUAGUAAAUAUCAUAUUUAUUGGAUAUUCGAAUUUAAGAAAAAGAAAUAAAUAUUAAACAAAGAUAUGGUGAUCAUUCGAGUACUACAUCAUCGAUUUUUUUGGCCAUUUUGAGCCUCCUCAGUAUAAUCAGAUGUCCGGAUUUGAAAAUUCCUUCUCCCUUGAUUACAUGAUUGUUACAAUAUUUUCCCAUAAAGCAUGAUUCUUUUGCGAAUUCAGGAACUCAAAAAAAAAAAAUUUCUAUCGUCUAUACGUAUAUCUUCACAUGUUAGUUUCACAAUUAAUUAACCAAAACAACAAACAAUAAAUAAGUAAUUACAAAUAACAGAAAAUGAUACGCAGCAGAGACCGUCACAGGGCACUUUUUUCCGCCCUGCCCUGCCCUGUGCCCUGCUCCGCCCUGUCCUGCCCUGCUCUGAAGAUGACUCAUUAGGGAAAAUGUUUGCCCUGCCCUGCCCUGCCCUGUCCUGAGGGCAGGGCAGGGCCACCUGCAGGGCUUAUAACUGCGUUUAC